GCAGCUGCUUCUCCAUCCUCGGCAUCUCUUACGUGAGUGUUAUUCUGCAUAUAUGGUGUACCAAGCUCAGGAGUCUUCUUCUACAACAAUGGAAUGUAAAAGAAACCAGAUCCGUCUGCUGCAAGUGAGCCUUCUGCUGUGGAUAGGGAUUUCCGUAUCGGUAGCUCAGACUAUGACUGGAGAAACCGUUACUGCUGCACCACAAGACCUGACAGGUAGCGUACCCAUGGAAAAUUCUCCCAGGCCAGAAGAUACAGCUCAUACUAUGGCACCACCAAUGAAUGAAGCACCUUGUAACUUUUUUAACUGCAUGGGACAAAAAUGUUACGAAAACGACUCACUAUCCAAAAGUUCUGGCAAUGCCACAUGCCCGACUUACUGUGCGAUGCUUCGUCACAACAGUUCCUUUUAUGAGUCUAAGUGUGAUGAACAUUGCAAACAUCACCUGUGUAAUGAUUCAGCACAAGAAGGAUGUACUGUGCGCUGCUGUAAUUCAUCAGGAUGCUCAUCAAGUGACUCUGAUAAUGAUGGCACCCUUCAAAACAGUACAGCUAUGCCAAGCACAGUGCGUAUGAGUACGGUUGCUCCUACCACACCCACUACUACAGCAAACAUAGUAUACAGUGAUAAGAAAUGUAGAGCAUUUAAAUGUGAGGGGGCGGACUGCUUUAAGAGUCAGACUGCUGCCCAAGCCAAACUGUGUCAAGCUGGAAUAGCCCAUUGUGAGUUGCAAAAGAUGGUGAGAAACGGUGCCAUCUCUUAUGAGGCGGGAUGCAGUAAUACCUGCUCCACCAGCACGAAGUCCUGUGCUGCCAUCACUACUAGCGACUGUUUCCAGGAAUGCUGCAGUGCUACAAAUACUGGAUGCUGCAUGAAAUUAGAUGGCCAGGUGCACUUUAACACUGCUCCUCUAGUUCGGAAAGGAUCAAUCCUGAAGAUAUUCAGUAUGGCCUUCUUUGUUAUUUUCGUCUCCCGCUUCAUUUCUUCUUCGCGUGUAUAAAUGUGAAUCGUUGAUGUCCUUUGCAGAUGAACUUUCCUGAGAAUUUCUGUUUCAUUUGUUUUUCCCAGAACCUAAGGAAACACUUUUACCGAGGCAUCAUACAUAGUGUAGCAUAUACAUACUGCUGGAUUUGGCAUCUAAUCAAUAGAAAUGUACUAAUUAUACUAACCUAUGAGAAUAUGAAAAGAGAUAAUUAAAGGGGUUUUCCAGUUUGCAUCCACACCCUUUAAAAUAAUCAUUUAUGAAGGUAGCUGUAAUUUUGUAAUGUAUUUAUUUUACCUUUAUUGCUCUUAUCUUCCGUUCUGGGCUGUGGUCACAUGACCAUGUCCAUGAAGUUAUCUCUUUUUUCCUGUAAUGUUAUGUCUAUGGACAAGUCAAAGU